UCCAAACACCAGCGGACAGUGAAGUGGUCCUUGUGCCAAGUGUGACCUGUCGACCAAUGGUGAGCCCCAGGUGUGUCCGCUAGCAUCAGAGUGAUGUCAUUGUGCGCGCGAAGAUAACGAGGGUAAAGAUGGAGAACAAGCAGGGGCAGGUUCUGAACCUGGAGCGGGUGGAGAAGCUGGAAACAUGGCUGAAGACGACUAACACGAAGCUGACUCAGGUUAAUGGCCAGAGGAAAUAUGGAGGACCUCCUGAAGUGUGGGAUGGCCCCUUCCCAGGAGCCCGCUGUGAGGUCUUCAUCAGCCAGAUACCGCGGGAUGCUUAUGAGGAUCUGUUGAUCCCUCUGUUCUCCUCUGUGGGGCCCCUCUGGGAGUUCAGGCUCAUGAUGAACUUCAGUGGCCAAAACCGUGGCUUUGCUUACGCCAAAUACGGCUCGCCAGCUGUAGCCGCUGACGCCAUCCGCCUGCUGAACGGCCACACGCUGGAACCUGGCACCCGCCUCAGUGUCCGCCGCAGCACUGAAAAAAGACACCUCUGUGUGGGAGAGCUUCCAGCCUCCACCAGGCAGGAGGACCUGCUGCAGGUGCUGCGUGUUCUGACGGACGGCGUGGAGCAGGUAUCACUGAAGGCUGGCCCUGGGAUAGAAGGGGUGUCUGCUAUUGUCGCCUUUUCAUCGCACCAUGCUGCAUCGAUGGCUAAGAAGGUGCUGGUAGAAGCAUUCAAAAAACAAUUUUCGCUGACCGUCUCCAUUAAAUGGCAGUCAUCAGUGAAGCCCAACGCUGAGGACCCUUUGCCGCCAAAGAAAGCUUCAAAGGGCCUCCUUUCAUCAACCCAGAAGCUGCCGCGCCACAUCAUGAACUCUCCUCGCCCCUCUGUCCUGCCUCCUCGCCUGGCUCGCCCUCCGCCCAUCCCCCCGGGUUUCUGCAGAGCUGUGGGACAACCCAUCGCCCUCCAGCACGGCCCCUCUCCCAACUUCCCCCCCAUCCAGGGGCAUCUGGUGCCUCCUGUCCCCUCAGCAUCCCCCAUGGUUCUCCUGUGUAGGGCCUGCGAGGCAAGUGGCAUGGGCCGGCCAUACUAUGAGAUACACCUCAGCCACGCUGGGCCUGAUGGAUUCCUCUACUUCACCUAUGAGGUGAGCAUCCCUGGGAUCCCCACUGCCUUCAGAGGCCUCGUCAUGAUCUUGCCAGGACCAUCUGCCUUGGCCACAAUGGAGGAGGCUCAGCAUGCUGCAGCCCAGCAGGUUCUGCUGACUAUUUACAACAAGCAAGUCGCUCAAUGAUGUGCUGAUGUUGAUCUCCUGUGCAUGUUGUACCACACCGUUUGUUACUGUUUGUUUUUUCAAUAUUAUCUGAAUGUAGUUAUUCGGCUGAAUUCAACACGUUUUUAUUAGUGACAUAGAUGUGUUUGUGUUUUGGUUGUGUAUGGUUUGUUUCAUGCAUGCUUUUUAUUGUGUGUUACUGUUUAAUGUUUUCCUUGUUUUAACUAAAAAGAUUUGACUCAAAAA